GAAAUUACAUAUACACGGCUGUGGCUCUCUCUUACACUCUCAGUUUUGAGUUUCAACUCACAACUUACAAGCUCUUCACAGGUGAAAGAGAAAAUGGGACAAGCCUUAGGCUGUGUUCAAGUGGAUCAGUCUAACGUUGCUAUUAAGGAAACAUUUGGGAAGUUUGAUGAUAUACUUGAACCAGGAUGUCAUUGUGUGCCCUGGUUUUUCGGAAGCAACCUGGCUGGGCAGCUCUCGCUUCGUGUUCAGCAGCUAGAUGUCCGUUGUGAAACAAAGACAAAGGAUAAUGUCUUUGUCACUGUUGUAGCUUCUAUUCAAUACCGUGCUAUAGCAGAGAAGGCUUCUGAUGCAUUCUAUAAGCUCAGCAAUACCAGAGCACAGAUCCAAUCUUAUGUUUUUGAUGUUAUCAGGGCAAGUGUUCCAAAGCUAGAUCUGGAUUCAACAUUUGAGCAAAAGAAUGAUAUAGCAAAAGCUGUUGAAGAGGAACUUGAAAAGGCCAUGUCCCAUUAUGGAUUUGAGAUAGUCCAGACGCUUAUUGUUGAUAUUGAACCGGAUGAGCGUGUGAAGAGAGCAAUGAAUGAGAUUAAUGCAGCUGCUAGAAUGAGGGUAGCUGCUAAUGAAAAAGCUGAAGCAGAGAAGAUUCUGCAGAUUAAGCGAGCAGAGGGGGAUGCAGAGUCCAAAUAUCUGGCAGGGCUUGGCAUAGCUCGGCAGCGCCAAGCAAUUGUUGAUGGGUUGAGAGACAGUGUGCUGGCCUUCUCUUCUAAUGUACCUGGGACAUCAUCAAAGGAUGUCAUGGACAUGGUUCUAGUGACUCAGUACUUCGACACAAUGAAAGAGAUUGGUGCAUCGUCAAAGACCAAUUCAGUUUUCAUUCCUCAUGGACCGGGUGUUGUGAGAGACGUUGCCUCACAGAUAAGGGACGGCUUUAUUCAGGCAAAUGUCAAUUAGGAUUGUAGUAAGUAAUGUAGAUACAUAUGAAUAGUUUGUUUUUUGUACGGACAUACAUUUUAAGAUUGUUCUUAGCGUGUCUGACUUUCCUUUUUCAUUUCGUUGAGCAAAUAAAUAAACCCACCGUCGUUGAUUGUAAUUGCAACAUAUUUCAAUGUAAAGCGUAUUGAUUGUUUGUCCAUAAAA